AUGGAUACCAUUGUUAGGUUGAGAAAGGUUUCUAUAUUGACUGGCCUACCAUGGCUCAAUGUCCUCAUGAACUCCGUAAUCCCUGGUGCCUAUACUCAAGGGAUAAAUCAGUCGGUGGUGACGCUGAAGAGGACGCGCUCCGGUGAAAAGGACUCGGAAGAGAAAGGACCUCGCUUCGACAGGCGCCCUGAUGUUUCUCCUUCUCAGUACGGCGACAAUGAGAGACUUGCUUGCCUCGGAGAGACGUCGUUUGAUCUGGCAAUAACCACUGCUCUUUUCCAAAUCCGGCCACUCCUACCAGCGGGGAUCAUCUCUAAGCAACGGAAACACCUUUUCAAAGACGUAAUUACUGUGUGGGUGGCACACUACGGUCUGGUGAAGAAGCUGCGGUGCCAUCCAGAUGUGUUUCAUACCCUUGAGUCGCCCGAGGAACAAGGUUCUCUGUUUUAUGCUUAUGUCGGUGGUCUCUUGAUGACGUCUGGACAAGAGGCCGUGAAUACCUGGAUUGACGGCCUAUUUUCGCAAGAGAGACCCAGGAUUAUAGAAGAGCUUGGAUCUGACACGGUGGUGACGCCUCCACAAAAGAGGGCCAAGAGUGAAGCCAUCUCUCCUGUGCCAAAUCAAGGAGCAGGAAGCUCCAUAUUUUUUGCCUCGCAGCCGCCUCCGUCACCGCCUCCCGUGAAGCCUGAACCAUCAUCAUCCCGCGCAGUAUUCGUUUCACCGCCACCUGCACACCUUCCCAACCCGCUAGCCCCAGCGCAGCCGGACAUGCCGUUUCUCCCCCUCUUCAACCAAGCGGCAAUGCAACGGCGCGUACAGGUUGACUAUCUCGCGGAAUUUAGUGGGCCACAACAUGCCCCUCGGUGGACGGUGAAAUGCAUAGUGAACGGCAUUUGUAAGGGCAUUGGAAGUUCGAACCACAAACAGACCGCCAAGGAGGAGGCGGCGCGGAAGGCGUAUUACUCGAUGGGGUGGACAUAA